CUGACCCGGAAGUAGAAGCGGCGGCGGGGAUGGUGGUUCCCGGAGCCAAGAUGGCGGCGGCAAUAGCAACAUCAUCCUCGCCCGGUCCCGGUCCCGGGGACGACCUGGUCCAGGCGGUGGUUCCGUACCGGCGUCGUUCCCGGCUGCUGUGGGGGACGGUGCUGCCCUUCUGCGCGCUGUACCCGCUGUGGCUGUGGCUGUGGGGCUCCUGCGCCUGCGCCUGGCUCUGGGGGGGCAGCAGCAGCGCCGCCGCCGUCGGGCCCGAGGCCCCUGAGGCAGCCCUCCUGGCCCUGGCCGCCAUCGGCGCCGCCCACCUCCUCACCGCCCUCGCCGGCCUCUGGAGCGUCUCCGUCCACUGCCUCCUCUACUGCUCCUCGGUGCGCAGUCCAAGAAAAGCCACAUUGGCAAAAGUUGUGCCAACCCCAAAUAACGGCUCUGCAGAAUUGGUGCCACUUCACCGAGACCAGGGGGAAGAUGGACAAGAAGUCCUUUCCUUUGAAUUUCAGAAAAUCAAAUAUUUCUAUGAACUCAAUGAGAAGAAAAAAUUCUUUCCUGUAGCAUUCCCUGUGGAACAUCCACUGCAGUAUUAUCAAAAUGCACGAGGCUACCAGGAAGACAAAGAAAUCAAAGCAGCAGAGAAGAAAUAUGGCACCAACAAGGCAGAGAUGGUUGUGCCAGAAUUUCUUGAGCUCUUCAAAGAGAGAGCAACAGCCCCUUUCUUUGUCUUUCAGGUAUUCUGUGUGGGACUAUGGUGCUUGGAUGAAUACUGGUAUUACAGUGUCUUCACCCUUUCCAUGCUGGUGGCUUUUGAAGCAUCUCUCGUCCAGCAGCAAAUGAGGAACAUGUCAGAGAUCCGAAAAAUGGGCAACAAGCCCUACAUGAUCCAGGUUUACAGAAACAGGAAAUGGCGGCCAAUUUCCAGUGAUGAGAUCAUUCCAGGGGACAUUGUAUCAGUCGGCCGCUCACCCCAUGAAAACAUUGUGCCAUGCGAUGUGCUGCUGCUGCGAGGAAGAUGCAUUGUAGAUGAAGCUAUGUUGACUGGAGAGUCUGUGCCUCAGAUGAAGGAACCAGUGGAAGAGCUGGACCCAGAUCAUGUCCUGGACAUGCAGGCAGAUUCCAGGUUGCAUGUCAUUUUUGGGGGAACAAAAGUUGUGCAGCACAUCCCACCACAGAAGGCCAGCACCGGCCUGAAACCUGUUGAUAAUGGAUGUGUAGCAUAUGUUUUGAGAACAGGCUUCAAUACAUCUCAGGGGAAGCUUCUGCGAACGAUUCUGUUUGGUGUGAAACGAGUGACAGCCAACAACUUGGAAACUUUCAUCUUCAUUCUCUUUUUGCUUGUCUUUGCCAUUGCUGCUGCAGCAUAUGUGUGGAUUGAAGGUACCAAGGACCCCAGCAGGAACCGUUACAAACUCUUUCUGGAAUGCACUUUAAUCCUCACCUCGGUUGUUCCACCUGAACUCCCCAUUGAAUUGUCUUUGGCUGUGAACACCUCACUUAUAGCUCUUGCCAAAUUGUAUGUUUAUUGCACAGAACCAUUCCGCAUCCCAUUUGCAGGCAAGGUCCAGAUUUGCUGCUUUGACAAAACCGGCACACUCACUAGUGACAACCUAGUGGUGAGGGGUGUGGCUGGGCUCAGGGAUGGGAAAGAUGUGACCCCUGUGUCAGACAUUCCUAUUGAAACACACAGAGUCAUUGCCACGUGCCACUCCCUGAUGCAGCUGGAUGAUGGGACUCUGGCGGGUGAUCCACUGGAGAAGGCCAUGCUAACUGCUGUGGAAUGGACUGUGACCAAAGAUGAGAAAGUUUUCCCCCGAAGUAUUAAAACUCAGGGACUGAAAAUUCACCAGCGCUUUCAUUUUGCCAGUGCCCUGAAAAGAAUGUCGGUCUUGGCUUCCUACGAGAAGGUCGGCUCCACUGAUCUGUGUUACAUUGCAACGGUGAAGGGGGCCCCAGAGAUGCUGCACAGAAUGUUCUCUCAGUGCCCAAGUAGCUACAAUGGUAUCCACACAGAGAUCUCCCGUGAAGGAGCUAGGGUCCUGGCGCUUGGCUACAAGGAGCUGGGACACCUCACUCAUCAGCAGGCACGAGAGAUAAAGCGGGAGGCCCUUGAAUGCGAUCUGCGGUUUGUGGGCUUCAUUGUGGUCUCUUGCCCCCUCAAAGUGGACUCCAAGCCAGUUAUCCGUGAGAUCUUGAAUGCCUCUCAUCAUGUAGUGAUGAUAACAGGGGACAACCCUCUGACUGCGUGCCAUGUGGCCCAGGAGCUGCAUUUCACCCAAAAGGAGCAGACACUCAUUCUGCAGCCGCCCAGUGACAAAGGGUCCAGCUGGCAGUGGCAGUCAAUCAGUGGCACUGUCACACUCCCAAUCAUCCCACCCUCUCUGCAGGAACUGACCAGGCACCACAACCUGUGUAUCACAGGGGAGGGCCUCUCUCAGCUGCAAGCCAUGGACCCCCAACUCUUGCUGCGUCUCAUUCCACAUGUGCAAGUCUUUGCUCGCGUUGCACCCAAGCAGAAGGAGUUUGUGAUCACAACACUAAAGGGGCUUGGCUAUGUGACAUUGAUGUGUGGCGAUGGGACCAAUGAUGUGGGGGCUCUGAAGCAUGCGGAUGUGGGAGUGGCCCUACUAGCCAAUGCACCUGAACGAAUCCCUGAACGUAGGAAGAAGCCGCGUGAUGGCCCUGCUGAUGGGAAGCCUGCUUUGCCCCCAUCCAUCAUUGGUAGCAACAUGAGGCCCACCUCCCGAGCUGCCAAGCACAGGCUUAUGUCUCACAGAGAGGAGCAGCUCGCCAUGCAGCGGGAGAGGAUCAGUCAGGUACUGAAAGAUUUGGAAGAGGAACAAGUGCCCAUUGUGAAGCUGGGUGAUGCCAGCAUUGCAGCUCCUUUCACCUCCAAGCUCUCCUCUAUACAGUGCAUCUGUCACGUGAUCAAGCAGGGCCGUUGCACCCUAGUUACAACACUCCAGAUGUUCAAGAUCUUGGCCUUGAAUGCACUCAUCCUGGCCUACAGUCAGAGUGUCCUUUACUUGGAAGGGGUAAAGUUCAGUGAUUUCCAGGCUACGCUACAGGGGCUGCUGCUAGCUGGCUGCUUUCUUUUCAUCUCCCGGUCCAAGCCUCUGAAAACCCUCUCCCGGGAGCGUCCACUCCCUAAUAUCUUCAAUCUCUACACAGUUUUAACUGUGCUGUUGCAGUUCAUGGUGCAUUUUGUCAGCCUGGUUUAUCUCUAUCGAGGUGCACAGGCCCGCAGUGACCCCAAGAAAGAUGACUUCGUGGACCUCUACAAGGAGUUUGAACCCAGCCUAGUGAAUAGCACUGUUUACAUCAUGUCCAUGGCAACGAUGGCCACCUUUGCCAUCAAUUAUAAGGGGGAUGGCCAUCCAUUCAUGGAAAGUUUGCGGGAAAACAAACCUCUACUGUGGAGCAUCAUUUUGUCAGGAUUGGCAAUUGUAGCCCUUCUAACUGGCUCAUCUCCAGAGUUCAAUGAACAGUUUGGAUUAGUAGAUAUCCCAACAGAGUUUAAACUCGUGAUUACUCAAGUUCUGCUGGCCAAUUUCUUCACUGCCCUGCUCAUCGACAGAGUCUUGCAGUUCCUUCUGGGCAGCACAAAGCUCAAAGUGCCUUCUUGAAAUGGCCCAUUCCUCCUUCCCUGGCUGAAGUGAAGGACAACACAAGAGAACAGCCACCAUGCAGCAUUGCAAAAGGAGUAUUUAUUCUUGGACUCCAGUUUGGUACUGGCAAGCAAUUUCCCACUACUGUAUGUUACUUUGGAACCCGCAGCAAAGGUUGUGAAGGGGGCUACACUAACUUUCACAUGUUUACUGAAGAUGACAACAAUUGUUGACUUUUGUACUGUCCCUAUGCUCCUGGAAAGUGGUCAUGGGAUUUGGUAAUUAAAUGGCAAUCAGUGCAUUUUAAAA